AACUACUCCCUUUCCCCAAAAUAAUUAAUGGCGGCAUCCGCGUCCAAGUUAUUCGUAUUGGAGACGUUGUUCAGUGUAUUGGCUUGUGUGAUGGGAACCGCUCUUACUUGUGGAUUUGCCAUGGAUAACUUCGCAUCUUGCUUCGACCCCCGUGCUAGAUGGAUGCAAGUGGGAUUGUUAGGCUUUCUCAUAAAUUUAUCUCCUAUAACGGUCUGGUAUUUCUACAAGGAAUCAAAAUGGAUCAUGAGAGUUAUGUUUAUGUAUAUUUUAUUUUUUUUUGGAAGUUUCACUAUGUGUGGAUAUAUUCUUCAACAGUUUUUCAAGCUAUCACCAGAACAAACUUUGAAAGAUCCAUUAUUUUUUGUGUUGGCGAGACCUCAAAACAGGGAUGAUGCCAUGGGAGCGAGCAACAGGCGGGGAGGAUUUUCUGUUGUAACAGCAAGCAUAAUAUAUGUUUCAUUGGGUUGCUUGAUGCUUAUAUUUCCAGUUUUCGCAUGGAUCACUGAUGGAUCUCCAUUCCGCGCACAAGUCUUCUCCCCGUGUAUGGUUACAUUGUUAAUAGACCUUUGUAUCCAAGCUGUUGUUUACUCGGUGUGGAUAGGAUAUAAGGAAUCCAGUUGGAUCAAUGCUUUCUUUUGGAUACUUUGUAUCGUUUGUUUUGGGAGCAUUGGAUUGUGCGGUUACAUAGUGCGGGAGUUGUACUACCUCACACCUGGGCAACCUGUUUACUUUAUAUUUUUCAACACAAGUAACAGAGAUGUGAUGCUAAGUGAUCCCUUGUUGUUAAAGAAUCAUCAUCAUCGUCAUGAUGACACUAUAUAAUGUAUGAUCGAUGAGUAGCUAGGCCUGUCGGGACUACAACAAUUAAAGCAACGAUAGUUUGUUAUGCUUUCCUUGCUUCUUCUUCGUUUAAAAAUAAAUAAAUAAAUAGUACUCGUAACAAUGUAAUAGUAGCAGUAGUUGACUGACGAGCUUGGUCAACUAUGGAAGCUGUUGUGUCAUGAAACUUUUUAAUAUUUUUUAACUAAAUUAUGAAUGCACUUUUAACA